AUGGAUGUGGGUAGAAAGCGUAUAAGGCACAGUUCCAUCAGCAUCAGUCAAGAUCAACUGCUGAAGGAUCAGGGUGGCGUGGAGGAUGUUAGUGACUUGCCUCGAGGCGAAGUCAUCAAGACGAUGGCUGCCCGCGCUACCAAGGCAGUCAAGAAUUUGUUUGAAGAAGGAAAAAUACACGCUGUCAUCAAUGCAGGAGGCUCGGGUGGCACAUCCCUAGCGGCAGAAGUGAUGAGGACUGCACUACCCAUCGGUUUCCCUAAGCUUAUCGUUUCUACCGUCGCAAGCGGUGACACUGGACCCAUCGUUGGAGAAACGGAUAUCACUCUGAUGUACAGCGUGGUGGAUGUCGCUGGUCUAAAUCAGGUACUCCGAAACGUGCUAAGCAACGCUGGAGCGGCCAUCGCCGGCAUGGCUCGAGCAUACGCAUCCCGUCAAGAAGAUGCCGUUAGAUCUACGAAGAACCGUGUUGGUAUUACCAUGUUCGGUGUUACUACUCCAGCCGUCGACUUAAUACGCGCACAUCUGGAGGCGAAUUACGAUAUUGAGACGUACGUCUUCCACGCUACCGGCCACGGUGGAAAAGCAAUGGAGCGACUUGUCAAAGAAGGAGGCCUUGAUGCAAUACUGGAUCUUACCACUACCGAAAUAUGCGACCACAUCACCGGCGGUGUGAUGAGCGCGGGCGAACAUCGUCUCGAGGCUCCUGCAGAAGCUGGAAUACCAUAUAUCGUCUCCGUAGGCGCGACUGACAUGACAAACUUUGGCCCCAUGAACACGGUACCGGAACGAUACAAAGACCGCAAACUUUACGAGCACAACCCUGUCGUCACCCUGAUGAGGACAUCCGUAGACGAAGCGACUCAAGUCGGCGAUUUCAUUGCGGCGAAGUUGAAAACUCAUGCAAAGAACCCUGAGGUGGUUCAGAUUUGGCUUCCAAAGGGGGGUAUUAGCAUGAUUGCGGUCCCCGAUGGGCCGUUUCAAGACGAAAAGGCGGAUGCGGCGCUCUUCGAUGCGAUAAGAAGAGGGCUCCAGGAUAGUAAGGUCGAGAUAAUCGAGGACGAGCGCGCGAUCAACGAUCAAAACUUUGCGCGCGACAUCGCGGAGGCUCUAGUCGCGAAGAUGGGUAUCGGUCGGAAGGCGAAUUGA